AGUAAACAAAGAGGAUAUCUGCACGCACACCCCAAGCUGUAGGUGUCUACUUCUUCGCUUGUCACAAGCCGAAAGAACUGGUACUUCACUGUUCAUCGUUUCAAGUCUUAGUCACUUGAUCUGACUAUUUUGAGCCAUGUUCAUGAGAGUGCCCAUCAUAAUCUCCAACUGGUUCAAAUUCAUGCUGUCCAUUCCCCGCACGGAACCAAUGACCAAAACAGAAAGAUUCACUCAGUGGUCCUGCCUACUCGCCUAUGUCAUCGGGGGCGCCAGCUUCCUCUUCGCCCCUCAGCUUUGGGCCUUCAUAUUGCAGCUGGACCUUCAGGACCGUUCUGAGGGGUACCUUCGUUUGGCGGGGCUCGGAGUGAUCGAAAUUGGCCUCAUUCUGAUGAUUGCAGCUCGCUCCAAUCGUAAGAUGUCCCCGCAUCAGGAAUGUCUGACCUCAGUCGUUGGUCGCUUGCUUUUUGUUGAUUCAAUACUUGUGAUGAUGAUCCUCAGAAACAUGCUGCCCCUCUCUUUCGCUCUGUUUUUCAUGGUCCUUGACUCGUCUCUCGCUCUCAUCACCCUAGUUAUUUGGUGCCGUGAAUCAAACAGAGCCUCGAUUGGUUCCUUUUUUGUCGAGGUCUCCACACCAGUUCUACAGCCACGUAGGCCUCUAACAGCCACCUCUACGUUGGUCAUUUUCCUUCUCGGAAUCGUCCAGUUAUUAUUCUGGCUUAUUUUAGUUGUCAGGCCUGAUCUUGCACAGCAGAUGUUCCAUUUGGAGCUAUUUCAAGGGUAUUCGGGAGGUUAUUUGGCCUCUUACUUGUUCCUUAUAUCCGUGCACGGCUUGUACCACGUAGUGGGAGCCAGCAAUGUCAAUCAUUGCUUAAGCCCCGCCUUCAUUAGUUACCGAAUCUUGAUCAACCUGCCAGCAUUUGUUCUUUUGUUUCUUGUUGACCAGAUCGAGAAAAACGUCUUUGUAGUUUUGAUAAGUCUCGAUGUGUUUUAUUCGGUUGUAAUUGCAAUUCCUGUGUGGCAAGAAAGGCGAUUCCAAGGCAAAGUUAUUGAAAUGAAACUUGAUUAGAUGGUAGUUUUUGUAAUUGCAGCCGUCAUUUGAACUCCAAACGCAACAUGCGUUGUUUAAGAAUACCAUGUGAUAUAAUUAGCUACCGAAUGGGAUCGUGCAACACAAUUGAUUAACAGCUCAUGCUCUCAUUCUUCCUGUUCUGAGAAUUGAAUGUUAGCCAAACGAAUGCGUUCACAUGCAAAGUACCAAAAUAAACUGAAAUUUUGGUAAUUGAAUUUUUUA